AUGCUGCGCGCCAUCUCAUCGCGAUGUCCGCGGUGCCUGUCCGCCGCCACCACCGGUCCGACCACAAGCACGUUCGUGCGAUACAUAGCUCGCGACGCACAGCGGAAGCGUCCGCAGCGGCUCAUACUCUCGACGGGAGUUGCCCGGGGCGGCGACGGCGGCCGCGGAACUGGCGGCCGCCGAGGCCGAGACGACUUCUCGCCGCCGGGAUUGAAUCGCACGACGGCCAACAUCCCCGCCCACAUUCUGGCCAAGAGUCGGCAGCCCGCUCGGGAAGCGGAAGAUGAUGACAGGAGGAGGAGCAGUAGGAGCACUAUCGAUAAAGAUGGCAGGAAACAUAAGCCAAAGGAGCCCCGCGAGAUGAAGCACAUGAAGAUGCGGCAGUCGCUGGCGCCCGUGUCAAGGGUUACCAGGACCGUGGCGCACCAAAAGGUCCAGUCGGUCGAUUCGUUCGAAGACUUUGGGUUGUUGCCUGCUACGCAGGAGGCGAUUCUGACCAGCGCACUUGGCGAUCUUGAAACCGUUGCGCCAACGAUGGUGCAGAAGCUGGUCAUUCCAGCCUUGAUGGGGAAAGGGCCGACACGGCGCCGGAGGUACGCUGAUGAGGCGGCUGGCACAGAAAGUUAUCUCAUUGCCGCCGAGACCGGCUCCGGAAAGACGCUGGCGUAUGCUAUUCCGGCUGUCGACGCUAUCAAGCGCCAGGAGGCGGAAGAGAAGGAGGCCGCGCGCCUAGAGGAAGAGCUAAACCCUAAGCCCCCGCCCUCGCCCAGUGACAUUGAGAUACCGACCGUGGAAAAAGAAACGCUCAAUGGCAGGCCCAGGGUGGUCAUCCUGGUGCCAACGUCGGAACUGGUGUCGCAGGUCGGCGCGGUCAUGAAGUCGCUCUCGCACGUGGCCAAGUUCCGCACCGUGGUCAUCUCCCGCGAAUUCUCCGCCACCGUCAUCAGGAACCGGCUCUUUGGAGGACCAUGCGAUGUCGUCGUCUGCACACCCCAUCUACUCAACAGCUUGACGGAAACAAACCCGGCGCUUUUCUCCAGAUGCACUCACGUCGUGGUCGAUGAGGCAGAUUCACUGUUCGAUAGAUCGUUCUCGCCCACCACAACUGCUGUCAUCGGCCGAUGCCAGAAUCUCCAGAAGCUGAUCCUGUGCUCGGCCACGAUCCCCCGCUCGCUCGAUACACGGCUGCGCGAACUCUACCCUGACAUGAAGCGCCUGGUCACGCCUAACCUGCACGUGGUCCCCCGCCGAGUGCAACUGCAUGUAGUCGACGCGGACAGCACGUUGUAUCACGGGAACAAGAGACUAGCCUGUGCGGAUACGCUCUACACUAUUGCCAAAGACAACACGGAAGAGGGAUUCAUGAAGAAGGUGAUCGUGUUCGUCAACGAGCGCGAAACGACGACCGAGCUCACAAGGUACCUCCGGACCAAGGGCAUUGACGCGAUCGAGUUUGCCCGCGACACCAAGGACCGCAUGCACACCGAAACCAUGGAAAUGUUUACAUCGGGCAAGACAGACGUUGAUUCCGAGCUUACGGGGCGGCAGCGGAUGAAGGUAUUGGUUACCACGGACAUUGCCAGCCGUGGCGUGGACACGAAAACGGUCAAGAACGUGAUCCUAUACGAUAAGCCGCACAGCGCGAUCGAUCUGAUACACCGCAUCGGCCGGACUGGAAGGAUGGGGCGCAGAGGUAGGGCCAUUAUAUUGGUCGACAAGUACACCGACAAAGGCUGGAUCAAAGACAUCAAAACGAGCAUGCAUAUCGGCGGACCCCUCAUCUAGGCUGAGAGCGGGGAAAGGUGGCAUUCGAUUGGUCACGAUAGAUAGCGAGUACCAUGGGAACCCCUACUUGAUUCCCAUUGUUAUCAACAUAUGAAAGGAUAUGGGCUUGUUUGAGGUUGCACGCUGUCAACAUGCCUCUUAGCGGGGGGAGGGGAAGGGAGGGGGAGAGGGGGCAAAUACCAGC